CUUAUAUGCUUUUGGUGCGCAUUGUACCCUGUCGGCUCCCCUCGUGCAAUUCCGGGUGGCGCACAAAUUAGCCUCGCCAAAAUCAAAAACGAGUUACGUAAUGGACGAAAGCCAGCAGACUUGAUGAGGCUCAGAUGCUCAGAUUGCUGGAUGUGAUCAUUGUUUUUAACCCUUUUUUCCUCCUCCCUCCUAAAUAGAGUCCAGCUUUCUGGAGGGGAUCCCAAUCUUGAACGUGGUCUUUGAUUUCAGGGGGUUUGGCACUGUUCCGCGCCCCCCCACCCUUCAGCUUUGUUCCUCUUGAUGGAUCCAAGCGGCCCGGCGAACCAUGACCCUGGCAGCCCACCCGACUUGGUGAGGAGGCCACAUGCUGCUUAAUGGCUUCCAGAGCGCACCGAGAAACUCCGGCCUGGAGGUAAGCGCUUCACUUCCUUUGCUUGAAUGAGAACCAAAUGAAAAAGACCCCCCAACCAACCAAACACACACAUACCAGAUUCCCUCCUAAUUGACCAUAAUGGCGGAAAGACUGGAGCAGGAAUCUCAGACUCAGACUAUAUAAUGCACCAAAUGUAGAAAUGUAUGCUACACUGGUGGCUUGACUUACAAGUAUCAAUUGUAAAUUCAAACACUUGUAUCUUAUAUGAUUUUUCCCUCAUUGAAAUUAAUAGAAAGGCAAUUAAUCCGUUCAGGAACCUAGAACGCUGCACUAUUGUACUUUUUAAACAUACAGACAAUUAAGCACUUUGUGCUUCACAAUUUCAUGCAUGAAUUCAAUGGGGGCUGUGCUGCUCAUUCGGGUGUGCGCACCUUGACCACAAGGGGGCAGUAUCAUACAUACAGGCAUGUACGUAUCAUGCUAGUGAUGAAACAAUGGCCACAUGACUUCAACAUAUAAAAUUGUUGAAGUCGUGGACGAAGUGAGUAUUUGGGCCGCACUGUACAAUAUACACCUUUGUGAUAGGACUUCAAUCUGUAAAGUAUACAAUUUGGUAUUUUUUAAAUUGUAUCACUUUAUUCUCUGAAUAUUACUUUAAUUUCAACAUUUUUCUUUUGCAAAAAUGUCCAACUUUACUCGCCUAUUGACUAAGAUAUAAAACUUUACUCUUGAAAUGACCAACUUUCCAUCGCAAAUAUGACAUGUUCCUCUAAAAUACUCAACUUUAUUUAGCUUGAAAAUAUGCAACUUCAAAGUCAUCAUAUUACAAGAAUCUCAGAAAUAUAAUUCUUUGCCGCUUCAUUGUUGAAUACAUGGUGCUGGUGAACUAGUGCCACACAGUGGAGAGUUUUCACACUGCAACUAGUCCACACCUUAUAUAGGUACAUAAAUUUAUUAAAAUAAAAAAAAAUAAAAAGUUAUAAAACUUUGUAGCUUUGGUUCCAAAUAUACAUUCUACAUUUUUGAUGACAACUUUCCACUCAUACAGUGGAAUAAUAAAGUCAGUCACAAAAGAUUUUUAGGAAGUGGAAACAGACAUGUACCCCAUAAGAGCUUUAUUAAAAACACCACAAAAAGCAAAAUUAAUACAACUGCAACACCAGGAAACAACCUAAAACAAAACAAAAGAGCUUCUUUGAAGCCACUUAAAAAAAAUAAAAAAAAAAUUUAAAAUACCCCCAGGUGAGUAGAUGCAAGCUCAAACCAUACAGACUCCUGCAGAUGUUCUAUGCUACAGACAAGGGGGGGGCGGACACACACACACACACAAUGCAGACAUCGUCCUGAGAUGGCGCAAUUUCCAGAGGACUUUCCCCUCCUGCAACCCCGUUAUACAGUCUUCUGCUGGCCCUUCUUUCCAAUUAGAGAUUUGUGGAUGUGCGGGAUCACGCCUGUGGGUGGUGGUUGGGGAAUAAAAUAAAACAUUUAAGUUUCGAUUCUGAUGCUAAAAUAAACAAACAAACAAACAGGGUUAUGUGCACCAAGGCUUACCUCCGCCAGCGAUGGUGGCCUUUAUGAGGGAAUCCAGCUCCUCGUCCCCUCGGAUGGCCAGCUGCAAGUGACGCGGGGUGAUACGCUUCACUUUCAGAUCUUUGGAAGCGUUCCCGGCCAGUUCCAGAACCUGCAAAGGCCGCAAAACGAGACUUGAGAACCGCGUCGAUUGGAAUAAAAACUUCUUUACAAGUCAUGGGUUAAGGCUUCCAAACUAGAGUUUCCAGUAGGGUCCGAUAUGUUACCCCUCUUUUUCCUCAAAAGUAAAUAUGUUAAGAUGAACACAUUUUCCCCCCCAUGUGUAACCCAUGUACAUGUUCCAAUGAAAUCAAAAUGUUACAUACAUCUCACCCUACAUCCUGGUCUCCUUCCUUCCUACCUCCAACUUUCUUUUUAAACACCCGUGUUUCCUUCCAUUGCAACUUACCAUUUCUUUCCACCCAUACAAUUCAAAAAGCAAGCCCCUACUUCUGGCCAAGCCGCCUUUUAUCCAUAAACAAACAAAUGGGGGAUUUGCAGUACCUCGGCGGUGAGGUACUCGAGGAUAGCCGCGCUGUACACGGCUGCGGUGGCUCCAACCCUGCCGUGACUGGUGGUCCUGGACUUGAGGUGUCUGUGGAUACGUCCCACCGGGAACUGAUGGAGCAAAGAGGCUUGAAGUGAGUUUUUUUUUUUUUUGGGGAAACUCAAUGGAAGCGUUGCCGAGCAAUGAAUGGGGAGGGAACCAACCUGCAAUCCGGCUCGCUGAGAGCGCGAAAUCGCCUUCGUCUUGGUCUUUCCGGAGUCUUUGCCCGCCUUGCCACCAGCCUGGGGGGGGGGAAGAAAAAAAAAAAGAAACAAGCACACAUUCACCAGUUGAAGUCACUCCAAACCCACGCGGUGUAAUAAAAUGGAGUCAAAUCUCCAGUGUUGCGUUUUUGAACGCCGUGUUUUAGGCGCUCACUCGCACUAACAAAGCUAAGCUAAGAUAAGCUAAGCUAAGGGUAACAACCGUCAAUGCGUGCUCGCGGUGUAUAAAGCGACGGCGUUUUAAUGAAACGUAAAAAAACAAAAGAGGGCCCCGGUGCUCACUCAACAAAGAAGAUGAACUUACCAUGCUCAAUUCUUAAAAUAGUUUCGGGGCGCUUUAACACAAAAGAUAACUUUUUAAACAAAAAUAAAAAAAUAAAAUAAAAUAAAAAUUGCUAGCCGCGGUGCGUCGACGGACGGUUUGAACUACAAUCCCCGCCUACAAGGCGCCAUAUUUAUGUAGCCGAGUACAUCCGGGGUCGCGGCCGGGAGAAGGAUAAACUAAUGACAUUUCACGAUGCGGGAUUUUCAGCCAAUCAAAAAGAGAACAUUGGGUUUGCGGGAAAAAAGACUCGUUUCCGGUCCCGAGUUAUCAUGGGUAAUGCAGUUUUGUAGCAUAUCAACACUUUGUAUUGACCUAACAAUAAAAAAGGGUGUUUGUUUUUUUGGUUUUGGUUGGGUUUUGGUUUGGUUUUGUUUGUUUGUGGAGCCGUAAUCUUAAACGUACAACUGGAUUCCAUAUGCUGUAAUUUAUAACAUAUUUGAAGGAAAUUGAACAGAAUUGAAGCGACAGUCUAGCCAGUUUCUAAUUAUAUAGGGAUUUUGUUUUUUUCAACAUUUUAUUUAAUAUACAAAACGCGUCUUUACCCACACAAAUUACAAAAAAUAAAUAACAAAUACUGUAUGUCAUGUAAUAUUUUACGCAUCAAUUUAGCCGUUUUUAUCCUAAAAAUGCAUUAAUUUAGCUGUUUUUAUCAUAAAAAAGGGUGUGGGCAUUAUUAAAAUAAAUUUGCUCUUUCAUUAAUUUUGUCAUUUUUUUAAAUUGUUGAAUGACCGUAUUUAUUCAUUUUUUUAUAUACUUCAAUAUUUUGUUAAUUAAUUUACUGUAAACAACAUUGACAUUUUCCAAUAAUUGUAUAACAUUAAUACAAAUUACAAUAAUACAAUUUAAGAAGUUUAAUUUGACAUACGAGUUUUAUUUUAUUUUUUUAUUUUUUAUUUUACCUCAUCUACCAAUGACUUUACCGAAUGUUGCCCUUGACCACAAAAAGCAUUCCCACCCCGAGUGUAUUAUCUGAAAUGUAUAAAACAGCCACACGAGGGUAGUAAAAGUCCGUGAUUCAAUGUGGCAGCAACCCUCUUUUUUUCCCAUUUGUAAUUGAAUUUAUUAUACAAAGUAUAAUCCCUUAAUUGGAUUUGAAAAGCAAAUGAAAAUGACAUUAUUCAAACAACUUUUAUUCCCCCCGUUCAGGGAUUUUCUUUUUUUAUCCUGAUACCCAACUAUCUUGCCCGGCACCUAAUUUCCCUCCCAGCAUUAAGUUGCAUCAACUUCCACAAAAAUAAUAGAAAUAUGUUUUCCUCAUCACAGACAUGACAAAAAUAAGCCAUUUUACAAAUUGAGACACUUUUGAUGCCUGUGUGUGUGCUUCCUGCACACGCACAGCUGUUGUUGGGGCCGGUCAGCGUAAAUCACGUUCCAUUCGUUCUUAGUGGCGCAGCAGUCACUUUCUCCCUUGGCCUCAACAACGUCAUUCCCCCCCUGCUGCUGCCUCUGUAGCUUAUAUCCGAUUUCCCCCUCCCAAAUAAGUCAGCUGGGAUAGGCUUCAGCACACUCACAACCCUAAUGAGGACAAGCACCAUCAAAAAUGGACGGACGGACGCUCGUUUGUAAACACAUGAGCUGCUAUUGACUGAUAGCAAUAUUUGUCUUGUUUUCUGAUGACAUAUAACAAUAUUUGUCUUGUUUUCUGAUGACAUAUUUCAUUUUCAGCCAGAUUUUGCCCUGUCCACGUUUCGAUCGAAACCUACAUGAGAUACAUUUGAGUAGGCUUGUUUUGUUAAAAUCUAUUGCUGUAAUGCUUCAUUUCAGAAGGAAGCCGUACGAGCCAUGGAGGUAAGUGCAUAACGAUUCAUUUCCUUCAGCUCAUUGUUGUAUUUAUUGCAUCGCUCGAGUUCUGUCGAUGACGUCACACAAUACAUGGCGGCGUAUCGAUUUUGACCCUGCGAUUGCCUGGCGGGCCCGUCCAGGGUGUAGCCCACCUUUGGAAAAAUGUCAACAUGAACUGCACUUGUAAUAGGUUCAAGACGCCACGGUGACGCAGUCCACACAGAAGGAUGCAAAAGGAAGUGACAUAGGGAGCCCAGAGGAAGAAGGGGCGCACAAAAGAGCGUGAGAAAGUCUGACCCUUUCUACGAUGGGACUCGAGGGCGACCCAGUGGAGGGCAUCACAGCAUUUGAAGGGGAAAAUACCGCAGUGCUCUUCGAACACGCAGUAAACAACCUCAUCGUCCGUACUUUUAUGCGUCCGUACUGAAUGGCCAUUAGUUAAUAAGUUAUUUCCUUCACAUAUUGUGAUGGAGAGCGACACUUUUUAACAUGAUCACCAAGGGAGGGUGGGGUGGCAUUAUUUUCACUGAUUGCACGGAGAUGUAGUGCGCUGAGUGAGAUGAUCCAUGACUCUUAAGGGAUUUUACAUAUGCAUAGCCACCCCCCUUCCAACAUGCAUGCACAUUAGACGCGGUUGCAGCCGGGGGUCCGGCAGCACUUGGACAGAUGGCCCAAUGGGGAUGCAGAGCUGGGAGGAAGGGAGGAAACGAGGGCUAAAGAGAGGGCUGGACGAAGAGGACAAUGCAAAUAGAUAUGCGUGCGUGUGCUUGGGCGUGUCAGUAAAAGAAGAAAGAUAGUGAACGUCGCCAACAACAAUGCUGUCCUACUGACAAUGCAUUUGCAAGUAUGACCACAGAGUAAGUAGUGUAUAUGCGUCCAUUUUAUAUAGCAUCUUGAUAGUAAACGGUACAAAAAGAUAUCGUACGUAUAAAUUAUUUAAUAGUUUAAUUUAGUCAUAAAUUCAAGCGGGACUCAAUGAGCAGAUUUUGAGUCUGUUUUGUUUGCACUUCCCGGCCACCGUAGCAAGCGGAGGGGGCCCGCCUCGUAAAGCGCCCUUACUUAUGGAUGUUCCGGGCUAGAACUGUCAACAUAAAAUGUCACCAAACGACAACCGGGUCAAACACAACAUAUUUCGUUCACAAAACACAACAGGGUGGGACAGCGGACAGAGUAGAUAUUUGUCGCGGGGCGGGAUGAACACUGCGAGUUGUGAUUGUUCUUUGAAUUUACGAGGUGCUAGCGUUUUAUUGUGUACGAAAACGGCGUUUCCUCCGUGUUAUUGUUACGACACACGCGUGCUCGACGCCACUUCCUGGAAGAUUGACAGCUUCGCCCCACUCUUCAGUGGUUUUGGUGACGCGACUUCCAGUGUUGUGUGACGGCCGCAGCGAGGCUCCAACACUUUUUUGGAUCCGAUUUUCACCCAGCUGUACGCCAUAAUGUUCGAGCGUUCGUAGGUUUCGUCAAAAGGGAGACGGCGCGAGGCCGGCGGAGUGACGCGGGCGCUGGAAACAAAGUAACAAGAGGCGAGCCCCCCGACGCGAGGGCUCGAUGGCGGCUGGGGAUGGAGCCCAGCUGCCGGCCACGGUCGCGGCCAGUCGGAGUGUGGAGAAAGCCCUCGAGGACGCCGCCGCCAGCGGGGCUCUCAACUUGGCCAACCGAAAACUCAAAGAAUUCCCCCGGAGCGCCAAGAACUACGACCUAUCCGACAUUACCCACGCAGAUCUGUCAAAGAAUCGUCUGUGUGAGCUGCCGGAGGAGCUCGGUCACUUUAUUUCCUUGGAGACGCUGAGUCUUUACCACAAUGGGAUGCGUUCACUGUCCCCCUGCCUGGGGAACCUCCAGGCCCUCACCUACCUCAAUCUCAGCCGUAAUCUGUUGUCCAGUUUAUCUCCGUCUGUGUUUGAGCUUCCUCUCCUGCGAGUGCUCAUCGUCAGCAACAACAAGCUGUCUUCACUGCCUGCUUCCAUAUUUGCCCUCGCACAUCUACGACAGCUGGACGUGAGCUGCAAUGAGCUGCGGUGUUUGCCCGCGGAGCUCGGCCAGCUGGAGUGUCUGCGGGACUUGAACCUGAGGAGGAACCAGCUCACUGCUUUGCCCGAAGAAAUUUCUGAGCUCCCGCUCGUCCGCCUCGAUGUGUCCUGCAACCGGAUUACCCAGGUGCCCCUGUGCUACCGUCACCUGCGGCACCUUCAGAGCAUCUCGCUGGACAGCAACCCGCUGCAGAUGCCCCCCGCGCAGAUCUGCUCCAAGGGCAAAUACCACAUAUUCAAGUAUCUGAACAUGGAGGCCUGCAAGAGGAGCCAGGAGGAGCUGGAGAGACACCUGAGGCCCACCGGCUUUAACAGCUGUUUGUCUGACCAAGAGCUCUUCACCAGUCAGUUUGGAGGGCUCGACUCUGGUUUUAACAGUGUCGACAGUGGCAGCAAAAGAUGGUCUGGGAAUGAGUCCGCAGAUGACUUCUCAGAACGUUCCCUCCGCAUUUCUGAGGUCAGCAGAGACCAGCGAAAUCUGGAGGAGGAAGAGGAGGAGGAAUCUCCCCUUGAAGUCCGCAAAGUCAACGGCCGAGCGGAGCAGGUCGACUUCAUCGACAGCAGUGUGACGGAGGAAGAGGAGGAGGAAAUGAAGACGGAUCCUCUCACGCCACCUCUUAUAGCGCUGGAGCUGAAGGAGAGAACUGCUCUGUCCCACAACAACGAGGCUUCAAUACGCCGAUCCAGUCUUCACGUGGAGGUCGCCGCCCGGUUACCCUCUCCCUCACUGUCGCCCAAGUCUCCCUCCAGCCCCAGCACGGAGGAGCGCCGCCGGCCAGGCACGCUGCUCAUCUGGCAGGAGCGAGAGCGACUGCAGCAGCAGCAGGGAGAGAAGGCCAGCUUGCUGAAGUCGUUCACCAAAACAGGAAGUCUUGUCACCUCUGCAGCGCCGACAGGAAGUAGUAGCUCCGAUGGCCCAUCACCAGAAAGUAGUCCCUCCCACUGUGGCCUCCGACCGAGAUGUGCCAGCACCGAACACGCCGCCGCUUUGUGUUCUUCGGCGACGCUGCAUCGUCAACGCUCAAGGAGCAGAACAGAGGGGCCGUCCUCCCCGAAGACAUCUCCACCUGCACUGAACCAGAAACCCAACAGCUUCCUGUUCCGCACAUCGUCCCGCAGCAACGUCCGACCUACAGGUUUCUCCCUCAGCGAGACGGGCAGGAGCGAGUCCCGCGCGACCGUGCGUUCGCCCAAGGAAGAGAGGGCGGACGCCGCGCAGCUUCGUAAGACGCUGGAAGCCCGGCUCAAGAUCACCCUGGCCGAGGACCUGGGGGAGGCGCUGUCCGACGGCACCGUCCUCUGUCAGCUGGUCAACAGCGUUCGAGCGCGUUCCGUCUCCAUCAUUCACAUUCCGUCCCCCGCAGUGCCCAAACUGAGCUCAGCCAAGUGUCGACUCAACGCGGAAAACUUCAUCGCCGCUUGCCGCAAGCUGGGCAUCCCCGAGACGGACAUGUGUGUGUGCUCUGAUGUGCUUCUGUCUAAGCUGCCCCGUGUGCGGCGCUGCGUGGAGGCCUUGCUGGCCCUGGAGGAUGGAACCCCGCUGCUGGCCGCAGAUUUCCUGCUCUUCUACUGCGCCGCCAUGGCGCUGCUCUACGUCCUCUACUAUUCCCUGCUCGCCUAAGACCAAACACGCACACACCACAGCACAAAGCCCUGAAAUGCCUUCGCUUAGUCUUGGAACACACAGAAAACCACUACAUGCCCUCCAUUUUCUCCCCAGAAUGUGUUUUAUAUUUAUGGCGAAAGCAUUAUACAGGGUAAAGACAUUCAGCAACGUAGUGUUAAGCAUCCCCCCCCCCCCCCCCCCUUUUAUUUGUACUUACUUUGCACUGCUUGGAUCUUCGAAAAAGGAAGGGAGCAUCCUAAAGGCCGCGCGAGCUGAAGGCAUACUGUGAAUGUCUGCUUUACGAUCGGUUUUACCAUUUCAAGCAUUUGCAAGCGAGACCCGAGUGCCUCCGAACCGACAAGACUGACAACUCGCGUCCACACUAAAAAGGUACAGACUACUUUUUGACGUCUUUGACGACUGGCUGACUGUAUAAAUGUAAACAGGUUAUUAAAUUAUAUAUAUUUUGUAUUUAUAAGUUAUUGUUUUGUUGAAAGGCUUUUACUAAGAAACUUGCGAAAGCGCCAACAGGGAAAUGUGAUCGAUUUUCUAUUAUUCAGGCUUAAAAUAACAGAUUUUUUUUUUCCUGCAUUAUUUUAGCAUUUAUAAAUCAUCAAAGGCUUUACGGUGGCUACAUUGAUAGUCUUUAUCGGCCUUAUUGCACAUUGCUGUCAAUGUCGUCGUCGUUGCGCAAUUGAAACAUUUCUGCAUUGAUAAAAUGUCGAUUAUCGCUAUGAGACCGUUUUGAGAUCCGACAAUUGGGCUUUUGCUGAAUUUGAUCGUAAGCGAAGGAAAAAAAUGCCCAAAUUCACCCCGAUUAUCGGUACGUCUGUACCCUAUACUUUGCGAUUGUCAACGCCGACUGUUUUCCGAGCCUAUCUGCUUGGAAAAAGCACACCACAUAAUCGGUCAGGAUAAUCUUUCAACGACAUCUGGCAAUCGGGCUUUUGCUGACUUCGAUCGCAAAAGGGGAACAAUUGUCGAAUCCGGACCGAUUAUGGGUAUGUACCUGACUUAUCUGCCUUAUUGCUGCACAUAAACGGUCAAUAUCAACUAACUUGCCGCUGCAUUCUCAUUGUACAUUUUUGUACAUUUGAUAGCAAGUUCAAACAUGACAACUGUUGUACGUUGAUUUCUCCGUUUUGCCGUCUACGUUUGUCCCGUUAGCCAAACUGUCCUGCUGCUGUCUUUCUAUUGGCCUACUGUUUGCAUUUGAUGUACACUGUUUGAAUUCAAAAUGUCUAUUUUAUAACUCGAACCGGCACACCCCCGCCGGUUUCCAACUAUUCCGAAAUACGUCCGCAAAGCAGAAAUUCCCAGUUAUCUUUUUUUUAUAUUUAUAUACACUUUAUUGAGACUACUUUUUAAGUGAUAUAAAUAUAUUUGUUAGAUUCUUUUCCUCCCUGUAAAGAAUUUAUUAAACCCUACUGUUGCAAAGAAUUUAUUAAAAAAAUGGACUUUGA